UCCUACAAGGACGCAAGAAACAAAUACUUUCACCACAUCUUCUCAAGGGUGAUUAUAGCCCUCCACUCCUUUCAGCCUCUUCAUAGAGCUAGCUCCAAUUCCAUUGCCUUCGCAAGUGCCCUUCAUUCUUAUCACAGCUCUCUUCUUCUCGCACUUCAUUCUGUGCAAGAGAAAAGAACUAAAACGAUCAACACUAAAGGAGCAAGUAGCUAGUUAGCAUCAUCUGAAACCAGAGAAAGCAGAACAAAGUAAGAACAGUAACAAAAGAGAAGCGUGUUUGUGCGUGUGUUUUGAAAAAGAGAUAGAAAGAGGUUCUUUCCCUUCUGCUUUUGAUCCCAAAGAAGACAAACAAUGGAGCUGUUUCCAGCUCAACCAGACCUUUCACUACAGAUAAGCCCUCCAAGCAGCAGCAAACCGAGUUCAAGAUGGAGUAACGGCUCAACAGAAGAAACCAUCGACUUGGGAUUUUGGAGAAGAACCGCCGCCUCCGCCACACCCCUCCUGCCGGCGAAGUCCUCCGACGGUGCGGGAACCAUCGGUUUCGACCUCUCCCUCACAAAUCCCUCUCCCUCAACCGCAACUAUCUCACAUCCUCCUCCUUUACUCCAUGAAUCCCAACGCCAAGAUCUCGCCUUUCUACGACCCAUUCGCGGAAUCCCAGUCUACCAUACCUCUCCAUCCUUCCCUUUUCCACCUCCUCACCAUGUUCACCUCUUCGACUCCACGAGGUCGCCGUCGAGGUUUCUUCCGAGGUUUCCAGCAAAGAGGAGCAUGAGAGCGCCCAGGAUGCGGUGGACUUCCACUCUCCAUGCUCGCUUCGUUCAUGCCGUUGAGCUCCUCGGCGGACAUGAAAGGGCGACCCCAAAAUCGGUUCUCGAGCUUAUGGAUGUGAAAGAUCUCACCUUGGCUCAUGUGAAAUCGCACCUGCAGAUGUAUCGAACUGUCAAGACCACUGAUAAGGCCGCAACUUCUUCAGGUCAAAGUGAGCCCAUCGAGAUCUCCGACGACAACUUGUUUGAUUCUCACAAUUCCCCGGGAACUGAUCACUCUUCAGUUCAGAACUUAAGGCCAGCAGAUCAAAAUUCCACGAAAUCUUAUGGAUUAUGGAGCAGUUCCUCAAGGGGAGACUGUUACCCGGACAAGCUAAAGGAGUCAACCAUUGGAAGCUUGCCUUGCUUUGAGAGAAUAGUUCAAAGAAGCUCAAUCUUGAUUUCACUUUGGGAAGGCCACAGUGAUCAAACAUUGCAUGAAAAAGAUGAUGAUGUGAUGAAAAGAAGACAGUCCUUUGAUUUUUUGAAUCAGAGGAAAAAGAAGGAAGACAAGGAAAAAAAGAGUCUAAAAGAGCGUGAAAGUAGGGUGCAGGGAGAGAGAGAGAGAGAGAUGAAGUAACUGAAAAAUCAAAGAGCCUUAAGGCUGUAUUUUAUGACUUUUUGAUUGCAAAGUGCAAGUGAGAGAGUGUUAUAGAGAGACAGUGAGAGAGAAAAGAGGAGAAGGUCGACCUUUAAGAUUCGUAAAGCACAAAAGAGCUUUGGGUCGGUAGUUUUCUUACAUGUGCACGUGAUUUGCUUUGUAGCUUACCAACAAAGAGUAAAGCUUAGGAGCUGAAUCAAGCGCCAUGAAAUUUUAGUCUAUAUAUUUGAAGUAGUUUAAAUUCUCUAAGUAAAUUUACAGUGAAGUUAUUGGUAUAUCACAUUGUUUUCUACACUUAUAUCUCAAGAUAUUAUGCUCUUUGAUUAAAGAGGUUUAAUGA